AUGUUCGACAAACUCAAGGAGAAGGUGAAGCAUGGCCUCAAUACGCAGCACCUAACGACCCCGAACGACACCAUGGGCGGAGGACCAGUAACUAAGGGCUACCGAAGCGUAGCAUACUUCGUCAACUGGGCCAUCUACGGCCGCAAACACUUUCCCUGGGAGCUGCCAGUCGAAAAUCUCACCCAUAUCCUUUAUGCAUUCGCCAAUGUCCGACCAGAAUCCGGCGAAGUCUACCUUACUGACAGCUGGGCCGACUCGGAAAUCCACUGGGAUGGUGACAAGUGGGAGGAUGGGCACAAGCUCUACGGCUGCCUAAAACAACUCAACCUUCUCAAGCGCCGCAACCGCAACCUGAAGGUACUCCUAUCCAUCGGCGGAUGGACCUACUCCUCCAAUUUCAAGCAGCCAGCAUCGACGCCACAGGGCCGAGCCAACUUCGCCAGGACGGCCGUCAACCUUAUCAAGAAUUACGGCUUUGACGGGCUCGACAUUGACUGGGAGUACCCACAGAACGCCUCAGAGGCCGCCGACUGGGUGGCCCUGCUGAAGGCCUGCCGGGAGGAAAUGGAUGCCUACGCGCGGUCACUGCCGCCGUCGCCCGAGCACGGGAACCACCACCAUUUCGAACUGACUGUGGCCUGUCCGGCCGGGCCUCAGAACUACGAGAAGCUGGACCUGCGCGGCAUGGAUCGCUACCUGGACUUCUGGAACCUCAUGGCCUACGACUAUGCCGGGUCCUGGGAUCAGGUCGCCGGUCACCAGGCGAACUUAUACCCUAACAAGGUUCACCCCAACACCACACCCUUCAGCACCGCCAGGGCGUUGGAGUAUUACACGCGCUACGUGCACCCAUCCAAGAUCGUGGUGGGCAUGCCGCUGUACGGGCGCGCAUUCGAGAACACGGACGGAGUGGGGCGGCCGUACAGCGGCAUCGGAGAGGGCAGCUGGGAGCGGGGCGUGUACGACUACAAGGCGCUGCCGCUGGCGGGGGCUAAGGAGUUCUACGACCAUGACAGCGGCGCGAGCUACAGCUACGACCCAAGCAGGAGGAUGAUGGUCAGCUACGACACGCUGCCCAUGGCCAGGGACAAGGCCGUGUAUAUCAAGAACCACCACCUCGGCGGCGGCAUGUGGUGGGAGAGCUCGUCGGACCGGAGGGGCAGGGAGAGCCUGAUCGAGAACGUGGUGGACGUGUUUGGCGGGCCCGGCGCUCUGAGGAGGGACCUGAACCAGCUGGAAUGCCCCGAGAGCGAGUGGGAGAACCUGAGGAACGGGUUCAGGGAGUAA